AUGAAUGCGCUCAACAAGGUGCUCGCCAAGGCAGCGGAGCUGGAGUUGAGUGCGGUCCGUGGCAUCCUAGAGCUUUUCGGACAGGCUUCCGGCCUGCGCACCAACUUCGCUAAGUGCUCGGUGUCCCCGAUUGCCUGUUCGGAUGAGGAAGCGGUGGCUGCUGCGGAGCACAUGGAGUGCCAGUUAGCGCCUUUUCCGGUGAAGUACCUGGGUAUUCCCCUGUCCACUAGGCGUCUGUCGGCCCAGGUUUUCCAGCAACUCUUGGACAUGCUAGUUGACAAACUACCGACAUGGAGGGCAUCCAUGAUGCCGCAGGCCGUACGUUUGGCGCUGAACCGAGCGGUGCUCGCGGCGACCCCGCUGCAUCAGCUAAUGGUACUGGCCCUGGACAGAAAGACCCUCAAACAGAUCAACAAGAUCUUGCGAGGGUUCCUCUGGGUGGGCCGGGCUGACGCCAAUGGAGGUCAAUGUCAUGUCAACUGGGCAAGGGUGUGUCGGCCGCUUAGUCUAGGAGGGCUGGGGAUCCCCGACCUUGCACAGAUGGCCAUAAGCCUCAGGGUGCGGUGGCUGUGGACGAUGUAUACGGACCCCAUGCGACCUUGGCGCGGGCUGGACAUGCAGUUCUCAAAGGCAGAGAUGGACAUCUUUGCGGCCUCCACCUCGAUGGCGGUGGGCAACGGAGAGUCCGCUCUCUUCUUGGAGGACUGUUGGCUGGACGGCAAGUCCAUCAAGGAGAUGGCGCCCGAGGUGUUCGCGUUGGUUCCUAAACGGCGCGGGAAGGUGCUGGAUAGAUGCUCAUUCUCCUGGACGGUCUGGUUCGAGGUCCUCUCGUGGAUUCGAUCCACCUCAGGGCCUCCUUCUUCGGAGGAGGACUUCGCGGAGUGGUGGUCGCAGGUGGUGCGGACCGCUCCUCGCCAGUUGCGCAAAGGUACAUCUUCGAUAAUCAUGCUUACGGCGUGGUGGAUCUGGAAGCACCGGAAUGCUGCGAUCUUCGACAACGCACAACAUUCGGUGCCUUCCCUGCUCAACGACAUCAGGACCGAGGCGCAACAGUGGGCGGACGCGGGGGGCCGGGAUGUCCGCCAGAUACUCCCCUAG